AUGUCCAAGCCCAGCGACCACAUCAAACGCCCCAUGAACGCCUUCAUGGUGUGGUCCCGCGGCCAGCGGCGCAAGAUGGCAGAGAACCCCAAAAUGCACAACUCGGAGAUUAGCAAGCGGCUGGGGCCGGAGUGGAAGUUGCUCUCCGAGGCGGAGAAGCGCCCUUACAUCGACGAGGCCAAGAGCGGGCUGCGGGCGCAGCACAUGAAGGAACAUCCCGACUACAAAUACAGACCCCGGCGCAAGCCCAAGAACCUGCUCAAAAAGGACAGGUAUGUCUUCCCUUUGCCUUACCUCGGGGAAACUGAUCCCUUAAAGGCCGCCGGGCUUCCCGUGGGGGCCACUGACUCUCUGCUGAGCUCCCCGGAGAAGGCCAGGGCUUUCCUGCCCCCCACCUCAGCACCUUACUCCUUACUUGACCCCAGCCAGUUCAGCUCCAGCGCCAUUCAGAAGAUGACUGAGGUUCCUCACACCUUAGCCACCAGCACCCUGCCCUACGCCUCCACCUUGGGAUACCAGAACGGGGCGUUCGGCAGCUUGAGCUGCCCCAGCCAACACACCCACACUCACCCCUCGCCAACUAAC